CAACGCUGUCAGCACUACAACAGAAGAACCCUAGCAUCACAACAACACAGCUACCAACGCUAGCUCGUAGGAAAGCGAACUGUAUUUUUUUCUGCUAAUUUGGAACAUAUUAACAGGUACGCUGGAAUUUUCUGAUACCCACUCGGACAUGUCCUAUGUCUUCAUCAACGACUCGUCGCAGACCAACGUGCCUCUGCUGCAGGCCUGCAUCGAUGGAGACCUGCCGUUCGCCAAGAGGCUCCUGGAGACCGGAUGCGACCCCAACAUCCGUGACAACCGGGGCCGCACUGGCCUGCACCUAGCCGCCGCCCGGGGGAAUGUGGACAUAUGCCGUCUCCUACAUAAGUUUGGGGCCGAUCUGUUGGCAACUGAUUAUCAAGGAAACACGGCGCUGCAUCUGUGCGGUCAUGUGGAUACAAUACAGUUCCUGGUUUCCAACGGGCUGAAGAUAGAUAUCUGUAACCACAACGGCUCCACCCCACUGGUGCUGGCGAAGAGACGCGGCGUCAACAAGGACGCCAUUCGUCUGCUGGAGGGACUGGAAGAGCAGGAGGUGAAGGGCUUCAACAGAGGACCCCACUCCAAGCUGGAGACCAUGCAGAUGGCCGAUAGUGAGAGUGCGAUGGAGAGCCACUCCUUACUCAACCCCAACCUGCAGAGCAGCGAGGGCGUCCUGUCCAGCUUCAGGACCACCUGGCAGGAGUUUGUGGAGGAUCUGGGCUUCUGGAGGGUGCUGCUGCUGCUGGUGGUCAUCGCCCUGCUCUCCCUGGGCAUCGCCUACUACGUCAGCGGGGUGCUGCCGUUCUCCACCAGCCAGCUGGAGCUAGUGCACUGAGGGAGGUGUGGGAUGAGGUGAGGUAAAGAAGAAGCAUGAGGUAGAGAGGUAGCAAAAUAAACAAGUGAAGUUCUGUUUUCGGCUGUGUUCAUACCAGAACAGAAAUCCAGAUUUUUGUUUAUUCUCAGCCCAGAUCUAGUGUUUUUCUCCGUUAUAUAAACAGAGAAACAUCAUCAUGUAUUGUUAGUAUAAAAAAGUAUUUCUAAAAAGCAGUGAUUCAAAGAACAAAACUCACUCGAUUGAAAACUUGAACAAACUUGCAAGCUUGUGUGUGGUGAUUAACAGAAGGGCCCAGGAAGUGUGUCACGUGUCGGUCCUGUUUAAUUAUUGUGUAACAUAUCCCCUUUAAAAUGAGUUCACAGUUAAAGCUGCUUUUGAAAAAGUGUGAGAGUGAGACAACAUGAUGCUCUUGUUUUGUUUUAACGCAGUUAUACAAAGACAUUUCCUCGUAUAACGCCUCUUCAUUUCAUUCAUACUGUAUGUUCUGUUACAAGCUGUAUAUUGCCAAUGUUUUGUACCUUUUAUUUUCGUAUUUGUUUGAUCUUUCAGUUGUGUUAUUUAUCAAAUAUCUGAAUCUGCAUUAAUUUUCCUGCAUACUGUACGUUUUGUUAAUACACUGCACCCUUGCUGUCUGUACCCUUCCGUUUUUUGAACCGUCAUUGAAUCAGUAUCCACUCCGACUGGACGCAGUUAAGUUGUGAUGACUGAAAGUUGAUCCUCAUGUCAUGUCGUCUGCUCAUGUACAGAUUAGAGAAGCACCUUGACUGUGUGCCUUUGUGAGAGAAAGCUUCACGUUUCACGACCGCUCAUUCAGACAUUCCUGCCAAAAGCAUGUGGCUUUAUUGCAUUAAAUCUACCCUGUUGUUGUAAACACCAUAUAUAGGCACAACGCUCAUAAACUGUAGGAUUUUGGCGGCAGAUUAACAGUCAUUACUUUUGUUUCUUUUUUUGUUGUAUAUUCAUUUUAUCUUAAUGUCCUUGUAAACCAAGUUGAUUUUAUUUGUUGUAGGUUUUCCACCUGUUGAUUUUCUAUGUACAAGUAAAUCCUAAUUUAAUGUGGAAAGAGAAUAAAAUCAUGUGUAUGUAUGAUUCUAAUCAACA